CCCAGGGCGCAGCCUGGGGAGUGAAAUGUCCCAGGCGCUCUGGGGCGCACAAAGCGCAGGCGCAGUGGGUUGGGUGGCAGCAGCAUCAAGUAGCCGGCGUUUUGGCAGCAGCAUCCGCAACAGGUGUAGACAGGUCCCGCCUGACUCCGCCCUGGAAAGUCCUUUUGAAGAAAUGGCCCUGGUGAGGGGCGGCUGGCUGUGGAGACAGAGCUCCAUCCUCCGCCGCUGGAAGCGGAACUGGUUCGCCCUGUGGCUGGAUGGGACCCUGGGCUACUACCAAGAUGAGACCGCGCAGGAUGAGGAGGACCGCGUGCUCAUCCGCUUCAAUGUCCGUGACAUAAAGAUCGGCCAAGAGUGCCAGGAUGUGCAGCCCCCAGAGGGCCAGAGCCGAGAUGGCCUGCUGACCGUGAACCUACGGGAGGGCCCCCGCCUGCACCUGUGUGCGGAGACCCGGGAUGACGCCAUAGCAUGGAAGACAGCGCUGCUGGAGGCGAACUCCACCCCGGCCCCAGCUGGAGCCACCGUCCCUCCCAGGAGCCGCCGGGUUUGCCCCAAGGUCAGGUGUGUGACCCGCUCGUGGAGCCCCUGUAAGGUUGAGAGGCGGAUCUGGGUGCGUGUCUACAGCCCGUACCAGGACUACUAUGAGGUGGUGCCCCCCAACGCGCACGAGGCCACAUAUGUCCGCAGCUACUAUGGACCGCCCUACCCAGGCCCCGGCGUGACGCACGUAGUAGUGCGGGAGGAUCCCUGCUACAGCGCGGGCGCCCCGCUGGCCAUGGGCAUGCUCGCCGGGGCCGCCACGGGUGCAGCGCUCGGUUCGCUCAUGUGGUCACCCUGCUGGUUCUGAGCCCUGGGACUCGGAGCGUGGACCCUGCGUGUAGACCAACAGACCCCUUUUCCUCCUUGACUCAUCCUCUACCAUCUAAGCCCUGACCCACUUUGGCCCCUUCAUCUCCAUUAGCCCCUUCUAGGCUAGGAUCAUCCCUCCACACAGCACCCCAACCCCCAUCGGAAGAAGCUGUCGUCCCAGACACCAACAUAGCCCAAAGUCCUUAUAUCUACCACUAGACACCCCAGAAAUCCAUUAUAGACCCAUAUGGAUAUGUUUCUCCCAAACACAUCAGGGUACAGAAAACACAACUCACAGUGGCUUCAGGUUCCUCAGGCGCUGGAGACAAGAGAGUCAGGUUCUUUCCUCCGGCAGCUCCAGGCUUGGUGGGGAAAACAGCAGUAAAUAAACACUUGACAAGGCAGAGUUAUCAAUCCUUUGACACAUGAGAGCAGAGAGAGACGAAAGUAGGCUAGGAGUAAGGUUGUUGGCAAGAGUGCAGAGCCGUGAACAUCAUGUCAUGUCCACGGAAAGGGGAGUUCAAUUGGGCUGGGGUUGGGGCAGGAGUCAGAUCGUGAUGGCCUUCCAGGCUAAGGAGCUUGCUGGGUAAGGGGG